AAAUUCAUGAAAAUCGCACUUUUUACAAUAUGGGACCUUUAAAAGAGCUAUCCACAUGUAUGCAGUACAUACAUAACUAUUAAAACAAGCACAACGAGGUGAAACACUGUUUAGAUGUGUCCUAAUGAUAAUAAAAUAAAGUGUGCAUGUGUGAUGAUUAGAUAUUGUCAGUGUGAUAAUGUUCUCUUUCUCUCCUUUAAAUCCUUGUGUCUGAUUUGAAAUACAGUGUAAUAGGAGUUGAGAUACUAGAAGACAGAUCUACCUCAACUCUUGAUCUGUCAUCUCUUCUGGCUGACAGUCUUCAUUAUUCUUCAUAUUUAUGAAUGAAAGUGAUAUCAGAGCGAAGAUAAUGGUGUGUGUGUGUGUGUGUGUGUGUGUGUGUGUGUGUGUUUGGCUCCCGAUGCUACUGGAGGUCACACUCCUGCAGUCCUGUUCUUCACCACAUCACACAGAGCUCAUGCUGCUGGUCCAAUAUGCAGUCCAAUACUGCAGCCUUUUUUUGUCAGGGAGCGCGCUUCCAAAUUUACUCUCCCGCUGCGCUCGCUCCCCGUGCCUUAAAAAAAACCCGCGUGCACGGCUGAAGGUCACUUAAACACAAAAGGCUUUCAGCGCUGCGGUCCAAUAUAGCGCAUGCGCGCUGCCGGAGGACUGCUUCACAGACCGCAAUAUGGCGAGAAUGCCUGGCAGCGGAGACGCGGAGCGGGAGCAGAUGAGCUGCCCUGAGAGGAGCACAGAGGAAGAGCAUGAGGAGGAGGAGGAGGAGGAUGAUGAUGAUGAUGAUGAGAUCCAGGAGGUCCAGAUCACUGGGGAGGAAGAGGACGAGGACUGUGGUGUGGAGCUGGAGUGGGAGUCAGGGGGCACAGUGCUGGACUCCAGCGGAUCCGCCGCGGAGCUCCAAGCGGUCGUUCUGCGGAGUAUGGACCGAGGAGGAGAGGAGGAGGAGGAGGAGGGAGAUCUGGACCCCUUCAGCAGCAGCCAGGUUCACCUGGAGGCUCACCUGGAGGGAGACCUGCAGCCGUCAGAGCGGAACAAGCUGAGCGAGAACACCCGCCUGGCCACCCGGUACGCGGUGCGGAUCUUCAGGGAGUACCUCAAUGAGAAAGCACAAAGUCCGGACUUUGAAACUCUGGACAAGGAGGCGCUGUGCGCGCUGCUGCGCUCCUUCUACGCGGAGGCGCGCUCCAAGAGCGGCCAGCUGUACAGCAAGUCGUCCCUCAUCAGCAUCCGGAGCUCCCUGAACCGGUACCUCAACGAGCCGCCCUACUGCCGCACCCUGGACCUCACCAAGGACCCGGAGUUGCGCAGCGCCAACCUGACCCUGGCCGCGGUGAUCCGGAGGCUCGAGGAGCAGGGCGCCGGUCCCGUGGUGCAGAAACAAGCCAUCACGCGCUCGGACCUCCGGAAGCUGUACGAGUCCUCCGUGUUCAACACCGACACGCCGUUCGGGCUGCUCAACAAGGUCUGGUUCGAGACCUGCAUGUAUUUCUGCACCCGGGGCCGGGAGAACCAGCGGGAGCUGGAGGAGGACUCGUUCGGUCUGGCCGUGGACGAGGACGGGAGAAAGUUUGUGUACUUCAAGGCUCUGGGUCCGUACCACAAGUCCCGCUCCGCCGCCUGGACCAAGAAGCGACCGGACGCGGACGAGGACACGCUGCCCCGGAUGUACGAGACGGGCUCGGAUCCGUGUCCGUACGCCAGCUUCGUCCGGUACGUGUCCAAGCGGAACCCGCUCUGCCGGGCCUUCUUCCAGCGGCCCCGGGACCACUGCUGCGCGAGCGACAUGACGUGGUACGAGAACAAAGCUAUCGGGAAGAACCUGUUGGGCACGAGGAUGCAGAUGUUGUCGCGUGCCGCCAAGCUCUCGAAGACGUACACCAACCACUGCAUCGGCGCCGUCUCCAUAGCAACGCUCAACAGCAUCGUGGGCGCCGCGGGCUCCAGGACGACGACGACGCUUUACGUUGCCUCGGAAACGGUCAACGGCCACGCGCAGUCCCACCUGCAGCUCGUGAUCCCGUACCUGCGCCGGGUCACCGACGCUGCGGAUGUGAAGCCGGCGGUAACGACGUUAAACACAUCAUCAUCAUCAUCAUCAGCAUCAAUAACAACAACAACAACAACAACAGCGAACAGGCUCAGACACGAGGAGGACCCGCGGGCUCCUCACGCCAAGAGGCUGUGCGUGCGCCCCGGGCCGCGCGCGGAGUGUCCUCCCGUGGAGCGGAACGAGAGCGAGCCGGUGCCUGCGAGGACCACGGAGUCCCACAUGAACCCGCAGCCUGCUGUGCGGUCCCCGGUCGCUGCAGUCUCCACACAGGACAGCUGUGGCAGCAGCAACAUGUCCAGUCAGCAGCUGGUCUCUGUGUCUCCUGUGUCUCCUCUGGGCUCCGCCGGCAUCCCCAAACCAGCCCAGCUCACCAAAACCAAUGCACCUGUCCACAUCGAUGUAGGAGGACACAUGUACACCAGCAGCCUGGCCACUCUUACAAAGUACCCUGAGUCACGGAUCGGUCGUCUGUUUGAUGGAACGGAGCCCAUAGUGUUGGAUAGUCUUAAGCAGCACUACUUCAUUGAUCGAGAUGGCCCCAUGUUCCGCUACAUACUUAACUUCCUCCGGACCUCAAAGCUCUUCGUCCCCGAUGACUUCAAAGAAUACUCGCUGCUGUAUGAAGAGGCCAGUUUCUUCCAGCUGACUCCUCUGCAGGCUGAGCUGGAGCGCUGGAGGACUGAGCAGGAACGAGGGGGUGUGUGUCUGGAGUGUGAGUGUGUCGUGAUUCAUGUGGCUCCGGAGCUCGGCGAGAGGAUCAGCAUGAGCGCCCACCGGGCUGUGAUCGAGGAGGUUUUUCCAGAGGUCAGAGACGUCAUGUCCAAUUCCCUGAACACCAGCUGGAACCAGGACUCCGCACACAUCAUUCGCUUCCCGCUCAACGGCUACUGCCACCUCAACUCUGUCCAGGUGUUGGAGCGGUUACAGCAGAAAGGGUUCUGGAUCACAGGUUCAUGUGGUGGUGGAGUGGACUCAUCCCAGUUUAGUGAAUACAUUCUACGGAGGGAGGGCCGAGGCGGACGACACCCCCCCACCCUCAUCCGAAUAAAACAGGAACUCAUGGACUGAACUCACGGUUGUCCAACCUUUUUGCACACAAAUCAGCGACUGUUUCUCAAACGGAGAACAGUUUCACUUCAGCAUGAAAGAAGUCAACAAACUGAGCAGACAUGAAUACUCAGAAUAUCUUACUCUACGUACAGUAGGUGACUGAGAUGUUAGUCUUACUUUAUACUUCGCUUACAGUUGCCACAUACAUUUCAGACAGUAGUAUCAUUACAGUAAAAUAAAAUAGAUCCAUCUGUGCAGGGAUUGGCAGGGGAUCAUGGGAUCCUAAAUUUGAGGUACACUAGCAUUAGUAUCUCUAUUAAAGGUCCCAUAUUGUAAAAAGUGAGAUUUUCAUGUCUUUUAUAUUAUAAAGCAGGUUUAAGUGCUAUAUAAAUACUGUUAAACUAUCAAAACG